AUGGAGCCCGUCCCCGAGACCGAGCGCAUGGAGGAGUUUCGCGCCGUGCCGCCCAAGGCCCGCGUCAACAGCCCGCACUCGCUCUCCACCUUCGACCUGGACAUCGCCAGGAAACCGCCGAACCUGCGCCGCAGCACCGACCCAAGCCCGACGUCGAACCACGCCUUUGCCUGGACGCCCAUGGUCGCCCUGCCCUACCGCCCGCGGACGACGUCUCCCCUCUCCGGCAUCUCGCACAUGCGCUCGCGGUCCGCUGCUAGCAUUGGCGCCGCUCCCAUGGGCCGUACGCAGUCCAUGCCCGGCGUCUCUGGCUCCGGCCACCUGCUCUUCUCUCCCCAGCUUCGCCCAGCCAGCCCGGCGCAGUCCCCCAGCCGGGUUCGCACGCCGCGAAAGCCAGUGGACGAGGCCUUUCCCAUGACGUCUCCCGUGCGCACCUCGGUUCUCGACCACGACCGGCUGCCCGCUGACCGGAGCGGCUCUCCCGUCCUGGGUGUCUCGACGAAUGGGACCCUGACUCGGGCACGUCGAACGUCGUCGCCAAUUCGAAAUUAUUCCCACUACGGCACGCUCUCCUCGGUCCCCUCAACGCCAACAUCGUUGAGGUCUCGCAGCCCCAGUAUUUCGAGCCUGGAAACCAUCCCUGACUCUCCCGACGCCGAGGAGGAGGCGCUUGAAGCGGAACGACAGGCCCAGCUAAAGGCCGCGGCUGAGGCAUCGGAUGCCGGAGACCCAUCCGAUGCAAAAGGACGGGGCCUGGAUCUCCCGGCUCGCGGUCGCACAAUGGCAUUUGGCUCCAAAGACAAGCGGAAGCGGUGGAGCGUAUGCGGUGCUGAACGACGUGGCGACAUUGACUUGGAAACAAUCUGGGAGGAUUAA